CAAUAAUACAAAGGUUUGAAAUGCUGCAAAGGGAUUUAGAUAGCACGUAGAGUGCUCUAAAACCCAAAAUUGACACAACACCGAGUGUUGAAUAAACCAAUCAAGAAUUCGGCUGUUGAAGCAUAUGCGACCAUUUUCUAAGCCUUUAUGAAAACCAGACAACAAAGUGUCUAAGCUUCAACACAAUACUUCAUGCAACACAAUCACUAAACGCAAGUGGAGAGUAUGGGAAGAAAACAAGUUCCAUAAAGGAAAAUUUUGAGAAAACGCCAAGAUUCACGGGGAAGUGAAUAUAUCAAACAAUAAUUCUUUACUUUGCCACAAAGGAAAAAGAGGAAAGCCACCUGAUAAUGUCAUAGUUUGUAGUGAAUACAUGUAGGGGAGUGCAUAUUGCAGUAGAAGAUUGCACAAGGGCAAAGAGUGUCAUCAACGCACGCACAAGUAGAAUCAUAGCAGCAAAAAGAAAAAAUAGAUUUCAUAAAGAAAUAAAAAACACUUAUACUAAACAUGGGUAAACUAACUUAGGGUCUAGAUCUGGGGGUGGGGUUUAAGAUUUUUAAAAAUAUAUAACUAAUAUUUAGAAAACUAAAAUAAUAAUUUUAAAAAUAUUUUCAAAAAUUAUUUUUCGAUUUUAAAAUAAAAUUUAACAAACCGAAAUUUUUUUUUUCCAAAAAAGUUUCUAAUUGAAUGAUUUUUUUUUUGAAAAAUUUAUAAUUGUCGUUUACCUCUUUAAUCAAACAAACAUCUUUUGCUUAUUUUUCUACUUAUGUGUUCUUUUGGUCAAAAAAAUACAUUUAUUGUCUUUUGGGAGAUUUGCCCCAUUUAUAAUUUUAAUAAUUUUUUUACAAAAAUAAUUAUUUAUUAAACAUAUAAAAAUAAAUAAAUAUUAUAAAAUUUAAAAAUGAUAAAUAAAAUCUUUUUUUCAAUAUUAUUUUUCAAAAAAAGAUUUCCAAAAUUUUUAGUUUAUAAAAGAGUUUUCUUAAAAGAGAAAGUUGAAGAUCUUCAAGAACAUGUGAUAUCUUCUUGAAUUUAUAAUUUUUUCUGAAUUCAAAAAAACAUUUCAUAAAUAUGUAAAUUGACUUCUUGAAAGAAACUAAUAUAUAUAUUUAGGAAAUUCUUCCUAAAUGUGUAACAUCUUCCUGAAUUUAAUUUAUAUGUAUAUUAAAAUAUUACUCAGUAUAUAACAUCUUUCGAAAAUUUAUGAAAAUGCUUUCAAACAUGUAUAAUAAAGUUUAAAUACCGAAUUUAUGAAGGUCUUCUGAAAAAUUUAGGAAGAUGUUAUACAUAUUUAAAAAUAUUUCACUAAAUAUACAUAUAAUACAAACUCAAUAAGGUUCAUGAAGGUUUUUCUAUAUAUAUAUUUAUUUGUUUUUAAAUAUUUAUUAAUGAAUGUAUUCCUAAAUUUUAUGAAAAUAUUAUACAUAUUUAUCAAUAUAUUUCUAAAUUUUAUGAAAUAUUAUACUUAUUCAGGAAAAUCUUUAUAAUUUCUUUUUUGUUAAUUAUGAUAUUACAAACUAUAAGAAACAUUACAUAUACGAUAUUACAGCCGACAAUUCUAUCUGUAACGUCUAACUGCAUCACUCUGGAGUCGCCGUAUGAGAUCCAUUCCUGAGGGGACUCUUUGCGCUAUGCUGAAGAUCUCUGAUAAGCCUUUUUCUCGAAUAUUCUGCAUAAUUCGUCUUUGCUGUGAAUCGAAACUCAAAUCUUCUAGUGUAGAAACAUUAAUGAACUAUUGGUCAAGGGCUUCCACUAAAGUCUUUAUAAGCAUAGAUUCUGAAUGAUAUCAUAUUUAUAUAAAAAACUUUACAAUAAACUUUUCAAAAGAAAAUUAGAAAUUGUUUUUGUACAUUUAAAAAUAAUAAUAUUUAUCUAAAUAUUAUAUAUAUAUAUAUAUAUAUAUAUAUAAGGGGUGUAAUUAUCUUUUAUCUCUUUUCAAGAAAUAUAUUUUGGUCAUUUGACCCUUAAAUGCUAGUUUAAAAACAAAAAUUUGGUUUGUGAUUUAUAAAGCUUUUUCUUUUGUCAAUAGCAUACACAGACUCAACUAAGACUCUGCAAACCACACCGAUAACUCGGCAUCCAUAUGAACGACAAACGACGAUUUCUGCCUAACACUCCGUGCAAGACUAUCCACCUUUGUAUUAAGCGUACGAGGUAUAUGAAUGAGCUCCGAGUGAUUGAAACUUUCUUUCAUCAUCUUGAUGUCUUCCAAAUAAUUUGCAAAUGCCGGCCAUUCUUCUGGUUCCAAAACCAUCUUCACUAAUUGAGAAAAAUCCGUUACAAACGUAAUAUGAUACUCCCUUAAAUUCUUCAUGCAUUCCAUUGCCCAGAUAAGGGCUUCGACUUCCGAGUGAAGUGGUGUUAAACUUUCCCUUGUGUUUUUGGCUCCCAUUAAUCCUGCAAAAUCUUCAAGAGUACUAUACCAUCCUUGUCCGGAAAGAAUAUCAUUCUCCUUCCAUGACCCAUCCGUGAAACACCAUCUCUCUGGUAUAUUAGGUAAGACUUGUAACUCCACUUCCCUAGUUUGUAUAACCCUCUCAGUUAUCGAUCCUUGGGAUUCUCUCCAAAUCAAUGAUUCAGUGUCUGCCAAUUUUAAAGAAUCUCUUGGAUCAAUAUCUAUGUUGCUAAAAACCUUGUUAUUCCUGGCUUUCCAAAUAUAUCAUAGAAUCCAAGCAAAAUGGUGGUCUUCCAUCUGCAAGACUACCCUCAAAUACAAAUAAUCCAUAUUUGUGUAGAGCGACUGAGUAGGAAAGUUUUCUGGAUUUGAGGGAAUCUUUGAUAGAGCGCAUACCUGAACUGCCGGUGGAUAUUAAAAAAAUACAUGAUUUAUUGAUUCUUUGGCCGCUCCACAUCUUGUACACUGUGUAUCCCCUUGUAUCCCUCUAGUCUUCAGAUUUUUCAUUACCGAAAUACAACCCGAAACUAUCUGCCACAAAAAGUAUUUUAUCUUCGGUGGGCAUCUGAUUUUCAGCAAAAAGCCUUACGAGGUGUGACAUUUGAACCAUAUAACAAUAUUGAUUCCUCCACAUCCGGAUAAACCCGUUCAUUUCACUAUAUAUCUGCCAUUAUUAGUGAAAUGCAGGUAAGAAUAUAUUGUUUUAACGGUAGUGAUUGUUUAAAGCUAUUUCUUUAUAAGAAUAUAUUGUUUUCUUUUAUUUUUUUUAAAAAAAUAUUACACAAAUUAUUUUAAAACAUAUCAAAAGAACUAAGACUAUCUACAAUGGUUACUCAUUUACAACACCCACUUUUUUUCUUUUAACACUCCACCUCAUAUUCUCUCUCUUUCACAUCAUUAUUCAACAUCUACAUAACUUUUACUCUCUACAAUAGUUUUGUUUAAUAAAAUUACAACACCUUACCCCACCAUUUUUAUUUCAUAUUUUUUAUUUUAUUUAUGUUUAUGUUUUUUGUGAUUACAUAUUAUUAAUCACCGUUAAUAUCAAAUUAAAUUUAAAUAAGUAAAAUUAAAUAAUUUUAUAAAAUAAUUUUAGUUUUAAUAUUUGUUUUUAAUUUUAUAUAUUAUUUUAAUUUUUUUAUACAAAUAAUAAAAACGAGAAAUAGAAAUAGUCAUUACUAAAACACAUACAAUGAACAUAAAUUUAAAAUGCAAUACAAUAAACACACAACAAGUAAGGAAACACCCAUAACUUAAUUAGUACAAUAAGCAUCCCCAUAUUCUUCUGCAUCUAGAAUGGCUUCAUGAAUACCGCUAAUAUCACCAAGAGCCAUUUGUGUAGAAAACUCAGGAAAAUCAGUUGCUCCAACAUUCAAAUCAGCUACAUUACCCGUUGGAGCAGAAGAAUAUGGGGAUGCUUGAGAUGGAUAAGACAUCAUUGAUCCAUAAUAUGGACGAUAAUUUGGAACGGCUGACGGCAUGAAGAAAUUUGGUGGAUAACCAUAAUUUGACAUAUGCUGGGGUUGGUUGGGAGAUUGAUUUUGAAACUGAUAGUUGUUGGGAUUUGGGUAGUUAAAAGGGUAAUUAGAAGAGUUUUGAGUGUUGAAAGGGUUAUUGUUUAGAUCCAUUUAGGUAAACAGAUAUUUAAAGCUAAAACAAAAGUUUAUUGGAGACUAAACCUUUUUUUUUAAAGACGGAUUUUUUUUCUGUGUCCAAAUCAAAUGAAAGUGGUAUCUAUUUAUAGAGAAUGAAGAAUUAUAAAUUUUGAUAUAAAUUUUGAUAUAUUUAUUUAUAAAUAUUAUGAAAUAAUUGAAAUUAUAUAAUUGAGAUGCAAAAUAAAGACAUGAAAAUCAAAGUAGCUAAUCAUAAUGCAACACUUGUCACAUUUAUCCUCUUCUUUCUACUUUCAGGGGUGUUGAAAGUUUUCAACACUAAAUUUGCCAUCUCACGCCACAUCACUUCUUUUUUUAUUACAACAAACCAUUGGAGUAAGAUUACUUUUUUCAACUGUUGUAAAAUAGUUUACAACAAACCAUUGUAAGUAGUCUAAAAAGGAAAAAAAACUGUAACAAAAGAACACAAAAACGAAGUACAUAAGUAAAAAGAUAAUAUAAGAUGGAAAGUUUGUGAAAUGGUAAAAGGACAAAAAAUCAGAAAAGGAAGUCUUAUACUAAAAUGAUAAAUCUAUGGAAAGUAAAAAUAAAAAUAAAACAUCAUACCACCGACUUCCAACCCUAAAGAGGAUUUAUCAAAACCUAUUUAACCCCACGAAGUUUUCUUUGUAGCUAGAUCAUAAUGAAGCCCUCUAGCUUCCCAUCCAAGUCAACCAUUGAUGUCGAGAAAGCCAAUAACAACCAAAAGGACAUAGCGCUGAUCGUUUCGAAGAAUCUCUCCUCUACCAAAGCCAAACACUCGAACUCCGUUUUCUCACCAGUGUCAAUAAACUCCGCGCUCACUUUGGCGGCUUCUUGUCCCGGCGGUUCUUCAGUCUCCGAUGAGAUCCUCUCCUUUCUGAGGUCUUCUUCAACCGAUGAACUCAACGCCGUCUUCAGCAAGAUCGUUUCCGUUGUCUUUGCUUACCAUAGCGCGAACGGUGGACCGAAGAUCUCGUCCGUCAAUGGUGUCUGGAUCGAUAAAACGCUACCCAUUGAUUCAUCGUUAAAGGAUCUCUUUGAGAAUUUCUUCAAAGCUGUUUUCGAUCGCGUAGACUUCCGCUCAAAGGUAAGCUUUUUGUUACUGUUUAUAUGCUUUGUUUCUUUAAAGUAAACUCUGUUUCUAAGUUCUGUUUCUUGAAUUAACUCUCUGUCUCUGUGCUCUAUUUCUUGAUUUAAUUUUGUUUAUAUAUUCUGUCUUCAUACUUUAUGACAUAACAUGCCGAGCAAGUGCGUAGAGAGCUGAAUAAAUGGGCUGAAGAUCAUACCAAUGGUCUCAUCAAAGAUCUUCUUCCUCGUGGAUCCAUCUCGAGUCUAACCAACUGUGUUUAUGGAAACGCCUUGUACUUCAAAGGAGCAUGGCAAGUUCCAUUCCUCAAGUCCAACACGAGGGAUAGAGUGUUCCACCUUCUCAAUGGAACCUCAGUGGCUGUGCCAUUCAUGAGCAGCUACGAGAACCAAUACUUAAAGGCUUAUGAUGGUUUCAAGGUCCUCAGGAUACCUUAUCGACAAGGCGAUGAUGAGACCAAUCACAGCUUCUCUUAUCAACAAGGCCUUUUCGGUGAUGCUACCAGUCACAGCUUCCCUUUUGGACAAGGUGGCUAUAGUACCAAUGGCAGCUUCUCGAUGUACUUUUAUCUCCCAGACAAGAAUGAUGGAUUGGAUGAUCUUGUGAAGACAAUGGCAUCAACUUCAGGAUUCUUGGAUUAUCACGUUCCAAGAUGCAAAGUUUUAGUUAAUGAAUUCAGAAUCCCAAAGUUUAAGAUCGCUUAUGGCUUAGACAAUUAAGACUUGGGAUUACGUUCAAUGGCGUUGUAUCAUAAAGCAUGUGUGGAGAUUGAUGAAGAAGGCGCUGAAGCUGCUGCUGUCACUUUUGCAUACAGUGAUGAUGAAUGUUCCAUGUAUAUGAACCCUCCUAAGAGGAUAGAUUUUGUGGCAGAUCAUCCAUUUUUGUUCUUAAUUAGAGAAGACAAAACUGGAACUGUUUUGUUUGUUGGUCAGAUAUUUGAUCCUUCCGACAAAUCUGCUUAGGCUUUCGGUUUGGUUAUUUGGCAAAAAGUGGAAUUCGCUUUU